AUCGAAAGUCGACUUACGUAUCCCUAAGCAUAACGAGGCGGCAUAGUGGAAUUAUAUUGUUAAAUAUUUCCCUAUUUCUCGAAUUUCUGUAUAUUGUAUUAAAAUAUAUACGUUUUCAUUCUAACUCGUGAAGAUUUUAAAUAGUCAACACAUAAAUACGAUAAAAUGUCAUUGAUUUGUGCAAUUACCAAUGAAGUUCCAGAUACUCCCGUGAUUUCUCCUUACUCUGGAGCAAUUUUUGAAAAGCGUAUAAUAGAGAAAUAUCUAUUGGAGAAUGGUUGCGACCCAAUCACGGGUCAAGAGAUGAAGGCCGAAGAACUAAUAGAAGUGAAGACGCCACCAAUAGUUAAACCAAAACCACCUAGCGCCACAAGUAUACCGGCCACAUUAAAAACACUUCAGGAUGAAUGGGAUGCUCUAAUGUUGCAUUCUUUUACACAAAGACAGCAAUUGCAAACAACCCGUCAAGAGCUUUCGCACGCAUUGUAUCAACACGAUGCUGCAUGUCGUGUAAUUGCUCGUCUAAACAAAGAGGUGGCUGCGGCACGUGAAGCACUUGCUACGUUGAAGCCACAGGCUGGAAUAGGAUCUGCUGCUCCCACUUCCAUACCACAGCCUGCAAUUGCCUCGGAAGCAGCCGGUGUUGCUACUCAACCUAUCGAGCAGGCGGGUAUGAGCGCUGACGUUAUACAAAAAUUACAGGAUAAAGCAACAAUUUUAACACAAGAAAGAAAAAAACGUGGUCGUACAGUUCCCGAGGAGCUGGUUACUCAAGAACAGAUAAAAACUUUUUUAACUACUGCAUCUCAUCCCGGUUUACAUUCUGCUUCAAUACCUGGCAUCUUAGCUCUCGACAUUAGUUCUGCGGACCAUAGCAAAAUCUUAACAGGAGGGAAUGACAAAAACGCAACAGUUUUUAACAAAGAUACAGAGCAAGUUGUUGCAAUUUUAAAGGGGCACACAAAAAAAAUUACCAAAGUCAUAUAUCAUCCUGAUGAGGAUACAGUCAUCACGGGCUCUCCCGAUAUGACCAUUCGUAUUUGGAAUGUGCCAUCUUCACAAACACAACUGUUGCUAAGAUGUCACGAUGGACCGGUUACGGGGUUGUCUCUUCAUCCUACAGGAGACUAUGUACUAUCUACAUCAUCCGAUAAACAUUGGGCUUUCUCGGACAUAAGAACCGGAAGAUUGUUGACGAAGGUUAUUGAUACAGCCGAAGUUGGUUUAACAACUGCACAAUUCCACCCUGAUGGCUUAAUUUUUGGUACUGGUACUGAUGACUCCCAAGUGAAAAUUUGGGAUCUAAAAGAACAAAGUAAUGUCGCAAAUUUUCCCGGUCACACUGGUCCUAUUUCAGCUAUAUCGUUUUCUGAGAAUGGUUAUUACUUGGCAACCGCCGCUGAUGACGCUUGUGUAAAAUUGUGGGAUUUACGAAAAUUGAAAAAUUUCAAAACAAUUCAACUCGAUGAUUUUUAUACUGUUAAAGACUUGUGUUUCGACCAGAGUGGUACAUAUUUGGCUAUUGCAGGAUCCGAUGUUAGGAUAUAUCUGUGUAAACAAUGGCAGGAUUUGAAAAUAUUCAAUGACCACACAGCACUUGCCACAGGUGUUCGUUUCGGAAAACAUGCUCAGUAUAUUGCAUCGACGAGUAUGGACCGUACGUUAAAAUUGUACGCCAUAGAAUAAAUUUCGUUUUUUUAUUAAGUUUCUUUAAAUAAUAAGUAAUAAAUGUCAUUUAAUUUGAAUAUAAUAUUGAUUCUUAACUUUUCCAGAAGCAAAAACCCACUUAAAAUUUACAUUCAUAAUAAACUUAUAAAAAGUUCAA